AUGACCCCGGAGGAACGCGAGGAGCAGGCGAUGGACAUGGUGAUCCGCCUCGCCACCACCAUCAACGCCUACGAGGAGGUCGCGUUCACGUCCAAGUCCACGAACAUGGGCACGUACGUCUACGAGAAGCUCGACGCCAUCCCGGAGGAAUUCAGGCCGAGGCUCAUGGACGAGCUCUCCGACGUCGGGCUCGUGAACUGCUGGUACAUCGCGGGGUUGCUCUACAAGGUCAAGUUCCAAGAACGCGAGGCCGGGGGCGCGCUCGAUAUCAGCUCGGACCUCGAGGAUUACCAGGAGAGGCUCGACGCCACCGUGGAGCAAGCCGCGGUGAGCGGGGCGGAUUUUUCGUUGGACGAAUCCGUCGACGACGACGACUACGCCGACGACGAGGAGGGCAGGGCCGCCAAGGCCAGGCGCGCAGCCGCGCUCGUCGCGUCCGCGGCGGGGGUCCAGGUGUUCGAGGGGAGGGCGGCGAACGUCCCGGGAGGUCCGUUCGUCAACAGGUUCCAGAAGGUCUUCUACCCGUCGCCCAAAGACGUCGGCGUGUGGUUCGGUCGAGUAGUGCUCAAGAAGCCCGGCUUCGUGGAGAAGUACCUGCCGCUGUACUUUCGCACCAACGACACCGUGGAGAGGUUCGUCAAGGUCCCCGCGACGGCGGAGGAUGCGGACCUGCUGCUCGAUUACCAGAACCCCCCGUACCUGGAGGCGGACAUGCCGCCGGCGAUGCGGUACCCGAGCAGGCGGACGCCGGGCGCGGGUGCUGAAGGGACGUGGUGGCCAGAGCCCAAGCUCGCGAUACCCCCGUUCGACACGUUGGUGGAUUACCUCAGGCCGCUGGGACCCGGAGUGUACGCGGGAAGGGGGUGGAGGGACGGAGGACGCGGGGACGAGUUCCUGACGUUCAUACUGUUUCGUAGAUACGACGCUCCACCGGUGGAGUGA